CUUAAAUAUGUGGGCGGUGUCAAGCGCGUUCAAAAACACGACGUCUAGGAGUAACUGUAGACGCUGUUUUGAACACGACGGUUCCCUCCACAAAUCACCCAAAAGUGAUAUUGUUCUGGAAUAUCAUGCUUCAGUACAUGGAGGAAUGAUAUUUUGCUCAUAUUUGCAGUGGACUCCAAUGACAGAGACUGUGUUCUACUUUUCAAAGGUAUUCCUUUGACUGGAAAAGACUAGUUUCCAGAACAGCCAUGAAACCGCCAGGUGAAGAUGAGAAUCGGCGUCUGGGUACAUUGUUGCUCAACAGCCUGGAAAGAGAAAUGCGUCUUUGGAGGGCACCUGUCCUGAAGAACGGUUGCAUUCAGGGUUCCGAUAUCAGUCCAUCUCAUUACCAGGAGGUAAUUGUGUGGAUGCAUGAAAUGAGCCGCAUAUUCCAGUUCUGCUCAGAGACAUUUGCGUUAGGAGUGUGUGUUCUCAACCGCUUGCUUGCAACAGUCAAAACUCAGCUGAAAUACCUCAAAUGCAUGGCCAUCACCUCACUGAUCCUUGCAGCAAAAAUCAAUGAAGAAGAUGAGGUGAUCACAUCGGUUAAAGACCUGCUGGAGCAAAGCGGAUGCAAAUUUUCAACAGCAGAGAUUCAUCGCAUGGAGCGAAUCAUAUUAAACAAGCUGCAUUGGGACCUUUACACCGCAACACCGAUCGAUUUCAUUCACAUCGUAAGUAGCGACAGAUGCGUUCACUUGUAUUCUGACCAUAUCUCAACAGUACAAAAAGCACGAGAGAACAUGCAACCAUUUUGAGAUGGCCAUUGCAAAAAUUUGCAAAGAUUGACGUUUGUUCCUUGACGUUGUUGUGCAUGUGAUAAUCAGCAGCCCCUGGUGAUUGUACAAACCUUCAUCACCAGCAAGCUACAAUAUCUUUAGGGCAAUAAGAGUUGCAUGCAAUGCAUACUUGACCAAGGCACUAAACUGGCUUGUACUGUUGCAGUAAAGCAGUUAGAUAACCCUGCAAAGGAAGGGAGGAAAGAUUUUGUUCUUCUGUAUUCACUCUCCUAUACAAUUAAACUCUCUCAUAAAUAGGAAUAAUCUUCCAUUUGAAUACUGAAUCUUUCCUUCAUACUGGCAGGGUUGUGCUCUUCGAUUUGAAUUGAGAUAACAAACAUGACGCAGAAUCGUAAUUUGAUCUGAAGGAAGUUUAAAACGGAUUGAAAUGAAUGUAGGUGCUGAAAGUCAAGUUUGUAAUAAUACUGCCCUGCAUGGGCAAAAUGUAGUAAUUACUACAGCUGGGUAAAAAAUUAUUUUCCAUUUCAUAAUGAUCUUCAUUUGCUCUAUUUUGAGUCUUAAAAUCCCAAGAUCUGUCUUAUACUCUGUCAUGAGGGGCUAUGUGACAAAUGUAUUUGUAAAGUCACCGUUGUUACUAGGGCUGGGCAUUAUGGCUACAAAUAUUAUUUCUCUAUUUUUCUGCCUAUUGGUGAUGUUCAAAAUAUAUCUCAAUAAUUAUGUAUUUGAUCUGAAAAGUUUUUUUCUUAAUCGGAGGAACAUAAUUUCAUCCACAAUUUUAGCCAAGUAUAUUCGUUGUUUUGAAUGGGCAUUGAAUAAAAUUAUAUUUUUUAAUACAUGUAAUAAAGGCAUGUUUCCCCACUUUUGUUUUGACUAAAUGAACACAAGGGUGGAAAAGAUAUAAUCAUUUUCACUGAUAUGCACUUUUAGAUUUAUAUCUUUUAUAUACAAUAAUACAUACACCUAGUCAAGUUUAUUAUAAUAUAAUACUGAAUUUAUAAUUAUUAUUUUGAGGAUUAGAUUGGUUUCAUAUAUAAGUAAUAUUCCUUUCCAAUUUACUUCACCUGGAACUUUUAUUUUGACACUUAAAUUGCAGUUUAUAAUGUUCCACAUCUGGUGAAACGCUGAUAUCUACGACUUCUGUUAUAUUGUGCUGCUUUUUAGAUUUGUAUAAUAACUUGUAGUGGCUACUAAUGUUGGGAACUGUGCGAACGCUUCAUGCAGUACUUUCACACGAGCCCAUGAGCUCCUUGCAUGCACCGAUCAGCCCGUCACCCAUUUAUUCUGAAUCUGUCUGUAAUCGCAGCCUUUUAAAAAAAAACAUUUAUCACAUGACCAUAUCACCAUUUUGUUAAUAAUUGUGAAAUUAUCUACUGAUUCACUCUUUAUGAAAUGUAAGAAUCAUUUCUCGUAUCAUUGGAUAUUAAUGAAAUUAAUAUCCAAUGAUACGAAUCAGAAUCAUUCAGCCAUUGGGAUAUUAAUGAAAUUGCUUAAUUUUGUAUCAUCAGCAAAAUCAUUGUGAUUAUAUUGUGAAUAUUUUAAAUAUCGCCCAGCCCUAUUAGUUACUGCAUUUUGACUUGGUAGGGAAGAAUACAUUUCACUUUCAGUAUAAAUUACAUACUUCACAACCUGUGUUGAAUGUCUUUGAAUUGCAAUUCAGUAA